AUGCCACAAACAUCGUCCAGCCUGGUCAUGAAGUAUGUCCCGCGACUCCUGCGCUUCAAGGAGAACACUCCAGGGGUCGAGGAGAUUCUAUUCAACGGACAUGUGGCUGACGCCAAGCUACACUUUUGUGCAGACUUGAUACAGCACGAGCAUUUUGAACAGUGGGACCCGGCGCAGCUGAUCGUAGCUCGUUUGACUGCAGGACCAUAUGUCCUGUUUGCGCAGCCAGAUGAAGGAUACGAGCCACUGCUGUGGAUGCCCACUCGAUCGAUCCCUGAGGACAUGGUCAUCUAUGUGAAUCAGAGCACUCUCACCAUCUUCGGCAAGGUUCCAGGCAAGGAGGACGAGUACCUUAUGAUCAAGGCGGAGGAUAGCAAGACGUUGUGGAUGAUCGCCGGAUGCUUCGCUCGUCACACGGCCGACAUUGAAAGUCGGGAGCGUGACACUGAGGCGCAGAUCCGAUCAUUCCGUUCAUUUCUGAGCGAGGAGAAGGAACGUCGUUCGGCGAGGCGCUCCUCCCUUGCUUCAACCGCCGCAUAUUACCUCCUUCGUGCCGGGAUGGCUGCAGCUGCGGGGGCGAUCUUUGGUGGACUCGCUCUUGGUGUAGUGGUGCUCGCUAUCUCAAACGGCCGGUUUGCAUCCUUAGUCCAGAGCCUGCAGUGA